AUGGCUAUGCUUGCAGCGAAAUUCAAUUCCGGAGUAAGCUCCUCAAUCGGAUCUCCGGGAGGAGCAGUUUCAAGUGUAACUGAGAGAUUGAAGUGCCAGAAUGAGAUCAGGAUUGGCACAUGGAAUGUAAAAACUAUGAGUCAGAGCGGUAAAAUUCACAAUGCGAUACAGGAGAUGACUCACAUGAAAUUAAGUGUGAUGGGAGUAUGUGAAAUGCGAUGGCCAGGCUCCGGUUCCCUAAAAAUCCAAGAUCAUCAAGUUUACUUCUCUGGAACAGACAAUGACAAGCAUGAACUGAGAGUAUGUUUCAUAAUGACAAAAGGAGUAGCGAAAUGUGUAGACAAUGUCAUCCCAGUCUCAUCAAGAUUGAUACUAGUACAACUAAAAGCGAAACCAGUGAACAUAAAUAUCAUUCAAGUGUAUGCACCAACAACUGAUGGAACGGAUGAAGAAGUCGAAGAGUUUUACAAUAGUAUAAAUGAAAUAAUGAGAAAACUCAAGAAGCAAGACUUGACAAUUGUCAUUGGCGACUUUAAUGCAAAACUUGGAUCAGGCAGAACAUCAAGUUCCGUGGGGCCUUUUGGGCUGGGAAAUCGAAAUGCUCGUGGAGAUAGUUUGGAAACUUUUGCUGAAUCGAACCAGUUAGUGGUGAUGAACACUUGGUUCAAGCUCCACCCAAGAAGGUUGUACACAUGGAAAUCUCCAAUGGAUAGACCAGGAAGAAUUGUGAGAAACCAGAUAGACUUUUUACUGGUUAAUAGAAGAUUUUGGAACAGUUGUUUAUCUGUCAAAACAUACCCAGGCGCAGAUAUACAAUCUGACCACACCCCUUUGGUUGGAAGGUUCAAAAUAAGAUUGAAGAAGGUUACAUCCCGGAAGGUAAAGAGCUAUGAUCUUAGAAAACUGAAAGAUCCUGCCAUACAGCAAGUGGUGAAGAAUGCCUUGAAUGAAAAUUUGAGAAGUGAUAUAAAUGUGGUGAGUAUAGAGGGAGGACUUGCUACCAUGCAGGAAGAAGUUAAGAUUAUAAAAGAUCAAUAUCUGGAAAAGGACUCAGGAAAACGGAAAUCAUGGAUGACUGAUGAAAUACUGGAACUCAUGGAACAGAGGAAGUGGCACAAGGACAAUCUCAUUGAAUACAGGAGAAUACAGAUUAUCAUUAGAAAGAAGAUAAGAGAAGCCAAGGAAAGGGAGAAGGUUGAGCAGUGUCAGGAGAUAGAGUUCCACCUAAGCAGAUAUGAUAGUUUUAAUGUCCAUCGCAAGGUGAGGGAGGUGGCUGGGAAGUUCCGGAAUGGUAAUAUUGGCCGAAUAGCAGAUGGGGAUGGUAUUUUGCUCAUAAGUAAGGAAGAUAAGAAGAAAGUUUGGGAGCAAUAUCUGCAAGAUUUAUUCCAUGACCUCAGAGUACAACAACCUGCCAUGGAAGACAGCACAGGACCCAAAAUUCUCUUGGAGGAGAUGAAGGGAGGAGCGGUGGGCGGCGGACCAAUGGGAGGAGUCGGGGGCGUGCCCGGCGGCCCGAUGGGUGGAGCGAUGGGCGCCGGCGGACCAAUGGCAGUGCAGCAGCUCGGAAUGGGCGGGCUGGGUCCACCAAUGGGAGGCCCGCCCACCCCCAACUCGGUCGAACAGAGUCCUAGGGGCACCAAACGAGGUGCUGGAGGUGUAAAGGUGAGAGUGUGGUCUGGGAUGUGUCAGUUAAAGGUGUAUCCUGGUGUAGGCUGGUUCUUGUAA